CGCACGCAAAUGGUCCCUCUAGUGAAAAAUAAAUACUUGGAGAAUAUCACAAGAUGCAAAUGAAAGCGGCGUAUCAAGUGAAAGGAGUGUUAGGCUGCUCCGAGUGAUUUCUGAUCUGUGGUUUAAUCUGCAGAUUAUAUCUUAUUCAUGGGUUCUAAAUGAUCAUGCUCUACAUGUGGAAUCUUUACAAUAAAGGUCAAGGUCAAAGUUCAGCAGUUAAACGUUCAACCCCCGUCUCAAAAUGUUUCACCGAAAGUCAAGGCAAGACGUGCGCAAUAACCCUGUUACGGUCAUUAUUACAUUGUAUUAUCACAAUAAAUAGAAUUCGGGCUUUUCAGCGAAUACAAAACAGUAUAUUCAACAUAAAUAGGGCCGACACAACUGCCACGUGCUUCAGAGGAGUUAGAUGCGUUAGAUCCGUUGAGCUAAAUCUGUCGGAGAGAUUGUGAGGUGGAUAACGGGCCAGUCAGAGAUACGCCAUCCUCUGUUGAAUUUUGUCAGAAAUGCACCAAAGAUACGACGUGAGAGGUUACCGGAAUUCUAUCCAUCUAUCUAUCUAUCUAUCUAUCUAUCUUAUUUUCUCAGUUUUAGGCAACGCAAUUAUCAAGCAUGACGUGCAACAGAAAAGAGGAUCCUGCUACCUCGAGUGAAAACAAGUGUGAGACAGAAAACGCUACUAAAAAAUUAUACUCAAACAGUAAGUCAGAGUAUUUCAGGAACUAUAUUUUGAUGUAUAUGUGUGUAAAUGAAGUGAUCAUAUUGUAAAGUAAAAGUUUUAUGAUCAGAAAGCAGAGUAUUAUGAUAUAUUGAGGGCUUGCUUCUCAUUAAAAUGUUGUCAUUGAUAUAUAUAUAUAUAUAUAUAUAUAUAUAUAUGACCUUUUGACCUCCAACCAAAUCAGUUCCGUAGCUUAGUCACGUCCAGUCAAUUUCAUUUAUAUAUUGCCAAAUCCUAACAGACAGUUAUUUCAGGGAACUUUUCAUAUAGAGGAAGUCUGGACCGUACACAACAUUCCCCCAUGAGCAAGUAGAUGGCGACGGUAGCGAACAUAACCUCCCUUUUAAGGUAGAAACCUCGAGCAGAACUGGGCACCAGGUGAACGACCAUCUGCCUCAACCAGUAAGGUGGAGGUGGAGAAGUAUGAUCAUGAUAAAAAUGAUAAUAAAGUGUACAGCAGUGAUCAUGGGGGCAGAUUGUUUGCAAUCGCAGAUCCAGACUCUGCAGCUCCGGAGGCUGCAGAGAGUAAGGAGAGAGGAGAUGGACCAGAAAGCACAAAACUAUCUAUCUACAGAUGGAGAGGGAGGGGAGGAGAGAAGAAGCUCGGUGCAUCAUGGGAAGUUCCCCCGGCAGUCUUCAGGCCUACAGCUGGACGUUUUGAGCAUAACCUCUAAUGUGGAGAGGACGUCCGCCCCUGGACCCAAACUGCGUGAAAGGUCCCACGGGAGAGGAGACUGGUAGAUGAAGGUUCUGCCUCCUACUCUGCUUUUCUUUUGGAAACUCGAGGAACCACGAGUUGGCCUGAAUUGUGGGAGCGCAGUGUUCCAGUGAGCUAACAUGAUGCGAAGGAGGACUAUAAAUUCUACUCUGGAUUUUACAGUUGGGCAAAUGCAGUUUCGGCAUGCGCGAAAUCUGAUCUCUUUUCCUAAUUGCAUUUUGGAUUCACCGAAGGGUCUUUAGAGACUUUUGUGGGCGGCCGGAUAAUAAAAAAACCCGUUAAGACAAUGUGUGUCUGUUUUUACACAAUGUUACUGUGGUGGAAAAAUGGCAGUGUUUGAAGUGUUUCACGUUUAUCAUCGAAGUGUCCUUUACCUUGUUGAAGUCAUUUAUGUGCACUUCCUUCCUGUGUGUUUGUUAUUAUUGUAUUGUGCAUCUUGUCAGGACCCAAUACCAUAUCGGCAUGGUUUCUAGGUAACACGUAAAUCAUAAUGUCACCUCAUUGGGAGUAAAUCAGCUUUCAGGUCUUAUAUCAAGAAAAUGCGAUAUUUAGUGCGAAACUGAUUGUAGUGUAGGGUUUAGUUAUCAACUGUAGUCUCAGUGAUUAAUAUACAGGACAUACUGCAUUGAGCCUAUUUUUAUACAUUGUAGCCUAAAACUCUUGUGAAAACUGUUCUGUGGUGUGUGCGUUCGCGUUUCCUGUUUCUGGCACCAUUUCUCUGAAGUCUCCAUGUAGCUUUGACACGCAAACAAUCUGACUCAGCUUCAGAGGGAAUUUACAGAAAUGUUGAACGUCAGAAUGCCUCACUCUGUUGCCGGCUUCAGUGGUAUCAUCUCCUGGUCAUAGCUGUGCUGUAAUAGUCUGAGUUUUUGGUUUUUUUUCAUGAGUGGAACUAACACUCCUCCGAUGUUGGUUGUUGAUCCUCUUCUCUUUGGACAUGGACUUUGUCUUGGUUUUUCCAGUGAUACUUGUCGUCCUUUCCAGUGGACAGAGUCUCAAUAGCAAUACUAAUUCAUGUUACGUAUCCUGCCCCGCCGGAUAUCAUAAAAUUGCUCAAUGUGCCAAACCGGCUAGUGAGUACAAAUGUAAAAGAUGUGAAAUUGGCACAUAUACGGAAUUUAAAAACCAUAUAGACAAAUGCCUUAAGUGUGCCAAAUGCAAUCAUUUCGAGAAAAUAAUAAAGCCCUGCAACUUUACCAGAAAUGUGGAAUGUGGAUGUGUAGAAGGAUACUACUAUCAAGGCCUUAGAAGCAGCGAAAGAUACUGCCAGCCGUGCAAGCCUGAUUAUAGUUAUCCUGACUACAAUAACAAGUGCCAGCCCUGCCGAAGGGUGGAGUGUCUGAAUAACUCAGAAUGCCGGAGGGUAUGCACAGCAACUACAGUUCCACCUCCAACUUUAAACAGAACAUCCAAUCCUUUUAUGGAAUCGUUUUCACAAAACACAGUGAACUAUUUGCCCUGGCUGGUCCUCUGUGUGGUUGUGAUGACAUUUUUGGUGCUGUUUGGGCUACUGCUGUUCUUCACCAGGAACAGUUCAGGAAAACCAAACAGGUGUCUCCAAAGGAGCACCAGCAAAGAAGAGGGGCCGCAUGCCGAGGACCCCAGAUUCAAGGAACAACACAGUCACCAAGGCAGCAGCCCGACCACACUGACAUUUAACAUUACCGAGGAAACUCCCAUGAUGGCUCUCAGUCACUGUCCGGCCACGUCACAACAUCCAGCCCAAAUCUGUCCUCUGCGGCCAAACGCUGAAUACAAAGCUGCCAGACAAGAUGGGCCAUCAGAGUCGGCCGUCGUCCUGUAUGCGAUUAUAAAGGAGGUGCCCUUGCGGAGGUGGAAGGAGUUCCUGCGUCUGCUCGCGUUGUCCGAUCAGCAGCUGGAGCGGGUGGAGCUGGAGGCGGGUUUGGACUCCAUGGAGAGGCAGUAUCAGAUGCUGAGGCUGUGGAGCCAGCGCUCCUCUGCGAGCCUGGAUGACGUCUUCUCGGCCUUGCACUGCAUGGAUUUGUCCGGCUGUGCCCAGCUGCUGCAGGAAAGCCUGGAGAGGCUGCAGAGGAGGCCUGAGCCAAAGUAAGGUCUCGCAGUCGGGCAGCUGUUACACAAACUGGGGUUUCUUCAGAGGAGCGAUUUGGGAAAACCCAGUGCGCACAGGGAGACAUUUCAUGCCAUUACACAAUACAAGACAUCAGGGCUUCGGCCCCGAACACCAGUGCAUAAGACUAGAGACUUCAAGUUCAUGGAAAGGACAUUACUAACUGCAGCUACUACAUGGUGCACCCACAUACGACUGCAAGGAUGUUAUAAAUGUUCCACACUUAGUAAUGCAAGAUGAACAGUAUAUUUUAAAAAAUGGCAUUACAGAGCAAUGUGGAGAUCCUGAUAGGUCAAACUAUAACUAGAGAAUGUCCUCAUUUCUCAUUUUUCUUGAUACAUGUCAUCAGAUGCACCACAGAUAAGUGUUUAAUAGUUUUUUCCUUCAUAGAAUAAAGCUCAACCAUUUGUGGUGAGAUUUAUUUUACAUCCAGAUUCACACCUCAAAAGCAGAAUGUUGCCUGUUCAUAUUCAGGCAGCACUUUAGUAAUGUACAGUAGAUGGAGAGAAAACGCUUCAAACAAAUAAAAAUUCCCCCUCCACGAUUUACGCUGUCAAAACUACUAAAAGUGUCAAACACCACUUAACCUUCAGCUUCUAGUGUGGUGUCUCUUGAAAGUCAUCAGUGGAGGGCUAUGGUUUGCGCGAUCACUGUUAAAGUGUGAAUCUGAAUAGCUCUUAUUGUGUAUGUGCAACGGUGUGGUGGUACUGAAUUCUACAUGACACGUGACAAGAUUAUUUUACCUCCAGGAAUCUUUAUUUUUUUUCAGCUUGUAACCAGUCGUGGUUUCAGUACCAGAGUAUUUAAAAUGUGUGAACUUUUCAGUGUACCUCGGUGAUACUUGGUCGGCGCUGCGUGAAGAUCACAUUGUCACUUCGUCUCACACCACCUUCAUCCUGUCAGACAUGAAAGUGUGGUGCAACAGAUCAGGCACUGACUCUUGACGCAAAAACCCUCGGCAAGGGAAGAAAACUGAAAUCCCCACAGAUUGUGUGAUUUUUAGUUUCCUGCAGAUAAAUGGUGACAUGGUGCAGAAGGCUGGGUUUUUCCUCGACGCACAUAUUCCAUUGAAUCUGAUGGUUCCCUUUGGGGGGGGGUUUGGGGUUAGUGUAUCUCACUUUGAGAGUUUUUGUGUGUCAGCUCAAUGGUAAUUUCCACUGUUUGAGUUUAUUAUUGUUUUAAUAUCAAUCUGUGUUGUUUUUUUUGGCUUUGGGCUUAUGUGUGUAUAUAUAUAUAAAUAUAUUAUAGGGUUACAGGUUAUAAAUAUAUUUUUUUAUUUUCUGAAACUUCUUAUGGGUGCUUUUAUUAUGAUAUAUGUAUUUUGCUACAACUCCUCAGUGGAGUUGCCAAGAGAACAAAAUGUAUAUUAUGUCAUGGUACUGUGAGAGCCAAGUGUCUUGAAUAAAAGGAACGGCC